AUGAGCCUCGUGCUUACCUCUCCUCCUUCCAGGCCCAUGGUCAUCGACCUGACUGAAACGCCAUCGCCGCCACCAAGCCAUAUCGCAAUCACAAACGGAAACGGAAACGAACAGCAGCAACAUACUCUUCCCCAUGCGCAGCGGCGGCAGAAUGAUUCUCAGGAUGAAGGGCCGCCGCCAAAGAGGAGGCGUGUUGACUUUAAUUGGGCUGGCAAACAGGUCUCUCCUUAUGUGAGCCGGGCGCUGAGGGACCUGCCAGCUUCCGAGUACAUACUUGAUGAAAUUGCGAUAAAGGCCGUUUCCAUGUUUGCCAAGGAUCCGCUCUUUGUCUCCCGAUUAGAUGAAAACAACGACUACAAGCUGCCGGCCGAUGAUGAAUGGACUGCUACAAAGGCCAAAAUAAUCGUUACAGAGCUAUCUGAGAGACCUGAAUAUCGUGUCGCCCCUAUAAAAGCGCCAAGUUCGAGCAGCUACACGUCCCCUUACCCCCCGCUGAAGGAGCAACUUCUUGCCAGAUUUAAACAGGUUCCGCCAGAAAUAAAAAAGAUAGCCGCUAAACAACCGAAAACCUCAAUACCAAAAAGACAAGAUAAUACUCCUAGAACAAGAUAUGGGAGUCGGUGGGAGCCGACCAAAUGCGGCCCAUCCUCAAAUACAUGGUUUGACCUCGAUCACCGGCCUUACCAAUCAGCAUCAGAUCGCGAACUCAUUGUCAAAGGUGCUGAUCGCUUAUACCGCGAGCUCAAGGAAGAGCUGAAGAGCCCAGCUGUCUAUCAUGUGGACUUUACGUCUGACGAAAUUCGGCAAAUCAUGGCAUGCUUCUCAAUGUAUCUUCCCGUGGGAUAUCCUGCGACCCCUGAACAUUUGGCGCGGCUCUGCCAUCAGUUCAAUGUUCCGUCAAUUGUUAAUAACAGUUUGCCUCACCGGACGGUCGAAGAUGUACGCAAUUACUGUUCGGAUCUGCUUGCGGGCAAAGCAGUGCCGCCAAGCCGAGUUCAGAUCCUGAGUCUUGACCCUAGAGCGAAUGGAUCUCGCUCGCAACAGGAGAAGAGACGUGCCAGUCGACUAUCAUCCUUGCUUUUAGCUCGCGAGAUGGUAGGAAACCGAGGAUUUGCCCAUAUGCGCCAGUAUGAAAACUUUCAAAACGAGUUUCGCAAGGCGCACGAGGACAGCUUGGACUUGGUCGCAGAGUACACAAACUGUGCCGGAGACAUUGCGACGACAACUUGGAUCCCGGAUGACAAUGUUUUGUGCGGCACAACUGCACACUCGGAUAGCCAUAAUCAGCAGUAUAAUAAGCCGGGCAAUUUACUCCUUUGCUCGACAAAGCUGGGGCAGCUUAAGGCGUUUCCUGACCACCGAAUCCCACGGCCACUCGUCGAAAAGGGAGAAAACUCCACGACGGCCAUGCGUGAAAGCCAGGACCCAUGGCUGUAUUCUUUCGACAAAACGGUCAAGGUGUGGAAGGUUGAUGAAUCUGGCAGCAACAUGACUGCGUUAGCCACCUGGUACUUUGGCGGCAACGUAAAUUUUGUCUCCGUGGCCAAGGACGGCUCUGGACGAGUUGCUACUGCGGCCGAUGUUCCUACAGAGGCCAUUCGGAUAUACACAAUCAACAUGAAUGACAUUGCGAACAGCCCUUACGUCUCCUUUUCAUGUACUCGGACUGACGCCGACGGCUCCGAUAAGUGGGCAUAUUUCCCAGCAACAAUGCAGUGGGGCCGUGACUCGACAAGCCAGCAUCUGCUUGCUGUAGGAUAUUCUCCUCGGAGCUUCUCAGGAGAUGACCACGACAUCCCCUUCGAUAAACAGAACUCGGGAGAGAUUACUCUUUGGAAUGCGAAGCUGAAUCAGCGAAUUCCUAUCACAACUGCUACAACUGCCAACUUCUUUGAAGUGGCCUGGCAUCCCACAUUACCGAGAUUCAUUGCCGCAACCUCUCCCUCUUCUCAGUCUGAGAAGAAGGUGCGAACUCAGAUCCAUUUGUUCGGAAAGCAAACCAGUCCCCAGCAAGAGGGCGGGUUUUCCGAAUACCAUAACCUUGACUGUUUUGCGUCAGACAUCAACGAGCUGACCUUUAUGCCGAACUCGUUUAAACAUGCAUAUGUGACUGCGGGGUGCACAGACGGCAAAGUAUACGUCUGGGACACGGCGCAAGGAGACAACCCUGUGCAUAUUCUACAGCAUGGCCGUCCUCUGGACGAAUACUACCAUGACCGAGAGAAGGAAGACACUGGAGUCAAGUUUACAGCUUGGGGGAACAACCUAGAUCGAUUCUACACAGGUUCCAGCGAUGGAACCGUCAUGGUCUGGAACGUGCGCAAGAAACACCGACCAUAUAUACGGACUAUCUUGGAAGCACCUGGUCCCAUUUCCUGCGGUGCCUUUUCGCCCGAUUUCCGGAAAAUGGUCGUUGGAGAUGCGACUGGUCGGGUGUUUCUGUUUUCUAUAGAUAAAGAAGACGAGCCAGAGGCACACUUCAUCAGGAUCCCAGGCGUGGACCGGCCGCUUCGACGUCCCACGCCGUUUAUACCGCACCCCGAACCAGAGCCUCCAUACCGAGAUCCAGACAACCCGAACAAUGUUAAUGAUGACGAUGACAUGCACAUUGCCGACCUGGUGAAGCGAAUCUAUCUAGACACGAAGCAGCUUGUUAUUGACCCUAAUCCUACCAUUGGCGCCGUACAAGGGCCAGAAUAUGCCUCUACGGGUCUCUUCCGUCGAGAGGCACACCUAAACGAAGACCCCGCAGGCCAUUUACUCAGCUAUUUCGAGAGAAAUCAGAGACAGAGCAUCGCUGCAAGCCGGGGCCAGCUGAGCCGCUCUGUGCGAAAGCUUCGAGACCCUGGGGAGCCAGAUGCCCGACUGAAAGUCAUACACGCUAUGAACAAGGCACGAGAUCUGGAUAUAGAGCUCCUGGCAGAAGGCGACCGGGAUGAUCUUGUUCAAUCUAAGGCAGAGCUGAUACUUAAUGAAGUGGACUGCGGGUUUGCUUACGAGGAACUGCCUAAGGAGGCUGAUGAAUAA